AUGUCCGUCAACGCCCGCAGCUUUAGAGAUAUGAGUGAGCUUGUGGUGGAUGAUCUAGAGGCUGUGAGGACGAUGCAGCCAUCUUUCAGACCUGCUGUACGGUUGGCUGGAACGGUGACACCGCGAGUGAUCCGCAACGAGCAGACGAGAAGGGUGCUGAGAGAGGUGAUCAAAGGUUCGGCCUGGACAUGUCUUGAUUGCAGGGCCAAAGCACAGUCUCGAGGCUUCAAAAAGCUAUCUUCAGAUGGUGAUGUUGCGCGCCGGUCAUUCUCGACGACUGUACGACGACGAGAUGAAACGCACAAUGCUGGGCUUAAGAAGCCCAUAGACCCGCGUGCGGCCAUCGCCAGCACUGCCAAUGCCAGAUCAAAUGACACAGAAGCGGCUACUGACAGCUCAACACUGCCUUCCUAUGUCGAGAAGCAAAGAUGGCAGUUCUCAAAAGACACAACCCAAAUCAUCGACCGCCUCCUCGCUCGAGCAAGUAUAGCCGGCCAACACAUAAACGUCUAUACAGGAACAGAUUACUCCGGGAUCGAAGCAUUACGAAACAAAAUCACGAUGCAAGAAGAGACCGUACGAGCCGUGCACAGAGCUGUCGACAAUGCGAAGGCAAACCACCAUAAGACGAUAGCAGAUCAAGCCGGGGCACAGAAAGAAAUUGUCGGGCUGCUAGAGAGGAAGAGCAGCUGGGCUCCAAAUGAUUUGGAAACAUACAUGUCCCUCGUCAGAUCGGAGCACCUGAACGAUCAAUCCGUGCAGACGGCGAAAGAUACCUUACGUAUCGCCGAGCGAGAGCUAGAAGAUGCUCGAUCGCUGCUGGAAAGACUGGAGAGGAAGCAGUAUCAUGAGGAGCAGAUCUGGUCUGAUACCAUCCGACGCAACUCCACGUGGUUGACUUUUGGAUUGAUGGGGGUGAAUAUUUUGCUGCUGUUGACGCAGAUUGCGAUUUUCGAGCCUAUGAGACGUAGGAGGAUCGUCAGAGAUGUGAAGAGUGCUCUUGAUGAGCGAACAAUACAUAAACAUACGGAUGAAGUUAUGGCGGAGCGAAGAGGUGGAGUGGUCGAGCAGCAGGUUGACGAGGUGGUGCAGCCUGCUAGUACGCUAAUUGAGGACAUUGAGGGUGCUGCACAGGUGGCUGAUGUUUCAGUCGCAUCUCAAGCCGGUAUUCGGCCCAGAAGUAUGGAAGCUGGUGAGACAGCACUCGCAGCUGGCGAGGUCUUACCAGAAGAAGCUGUGGAGGUCGUUGACUCUGUCAUACCAUCAGUGGAUGCGCCAGCCCUGACCAGCUGGGAGACGUACCAAACAGCAUUCCACGAACUCUUCAGCGAGCGCUUGGUCCAGCUCAAGCAGGUCGAGCUGACGACUAUUGCAUUACAAGGUGCAGCUACUGGGGCGGCGGUAAUUAGUCUUCUAGUCCUGGUACUCCGACCGAAGUGA